GGGCUUCGAAUGCUAUAAACCCGUCGCCGUUGCUUGCAACUCUAAAACGUCUCGAAGUCGCUUUGCAUCUUCAAAGCAAUCCUUAAAACUUUUCAUAUCUAUAAACUCUCAAGAGAGUUCGAGAAUUUCUUGUCGGGAGGAAACGUUGUUGCUUCUUAGCUUGACGAAAGGAUUUAAAGACUGUUACAGAUUACGAAGAUGAACCUUUCAAAAAAACUGUGAGACGUAAACAUUCGACAUAAUAAUUUAUCACGGCUUCUCUAAUGCAAUCUGAGCCAGAGAUGGAGAAAAAACCAGUUGGGAUUCGAUUCUUGGAACGAAUCAAAGGGUCAAAGCUCUCUUACAACGCAUACCAAGCCAUAGUCUUGAUCGUCACGUUCCUCGCUUACGCUAGCUAUCACGCCGCAAGAAAAACAACAAGCAUUGUCAAAAGCGCUCUUGAUCCACAAUCACCAGACACAGGGGUUAACUCACUCCUUUUGAGAUUCACUUCGUUUCGAUCAUCCGGACAAGAACAAGAAAAUGGUGGUUGGGCUCCGUUCAACGGACCAAACGGAACGGUUCUGCUGGGGGAGAUCGACGUUGCGUUUCUUGCUGUUUACGCUUUCGGUAUGUACUUCGCUGGUCAUCUGGGAGACAGGAUGAACCUGAGAAUCUUCUUGACCGUUGGGAUGGUCGGAACCGGUUUGUUCACGUCUCUGUUCGGUGUCGGUUACUGGGCGAAUGUUCAUAGCUUUUACUAUUUCUUGAUCAUGCAAAUGCUCGCUGGUCUGUUUCAAUCCUCUGGCUGGCCUUCUGUGGUGGCCGUGGUCGGAAACUGGUUUAACAAGAAGAAGAGAGGUUUGAUCAUGGGGAUAUGGAACGCGCAUACUUCCGUCGGCAACAUCACUGGCUCGUUGAUCGCUGCUGCGAUGUUGAGAUAUGGUUGGGGAUGGUCUUUUGUGGUUCCUGGUGUGGGUAUUGCCUUGAUCGGGUUGGUCAACUUCGCUUUCUUGCCUGUUAACCCGGAGAUGGUUGGAGCUGAGCGAGACGAGGAUGUUGAUUCAUCGAGUGAGAAGAUUGGUGACUCUGUAAGUGUCCCCUUGCUGUUGAGCUCGUCUGAUUCGGAGACCGAUGACAAGAAAAGAGCUGUUGGGUUCAUUGAAGCGUGGAGGAUCCCUGGAGUUGCUCCUUUUGCUCUCUGUCUCUUCUUCGCUAAGUUGGUCGCUUACACUUUCCUCUACUGGCUUCCUUUCUACGUUAGCCACACAGCGAUCGAAGGCGAGUAUUUAUCAGACGAAACAGCGGGAAACCUUUCGACAAUGUUCGACGUAGGAGGUGUGGUCGGAGGAAUCAUGGCCGGUUACAUUUCAGAUAGGAUUGGAGCAAGAGCGAUUACGGCUGCGAGUUUCAUGUACUGUUCGAUCCCAGCUCUGUUCUUUUACCGGAGCUACGGACAUGUGUCGUUACUAGCCAACGCGUCUCUGAUGUUCUUAACCGGGAUGUUGGUUAAUGGACCUUACGCUUUGAUCACAACGGCUGUUUCAGCUGAUCUCGGGACGCACAGCUCCUUGAAAGGAAACUCGAGGGCUUUGGCUACCGUAACGGCUAUAAUCGACGGGACGGGAUCCGUUGGGGCGGCGGUUGGGCCGUUGCUAACGGGUUACAUAUCUUCGAGGAGUAGCUGGACGGCGGUUUUCACCAUGUUGAUGGGAGCUGCGUUUGUGGCGGGACUGUUGUUGACGAGGCUUGUGAUGGCCGAAGUAGCGGCUAAGAUAGCUGAGUCGAGGCCGUCGGAAUCAGAGUGUAGAGCUCCCGUAGACCAUCAGGGUCAUGUGCUAGAUGUGUGAGCAACUUUGAUAGCCAUUUUUAGUUGCGUUCUUAAAGAGGAAAGAUUCGGACCGGAGUUUUAUGUCAAGAAUUGGUCUGUGGGGGAAAUUUGUAAACAUGUAAUCUGUGUUGUGAAUGUACAUAAAUUAAUAUAUGAUAUCGAUCUUUUUGGAUAAA